AUUGAACGUGGACAUCUUUGAGAGAAUUUCUUUUUUCUAUUACAGGAUAGUCUCUUUGUAAGAAAACGGAAGUUUCUUUCAUAGAAUUCGAUAUAAAAAGAAUUGUAAAGAGCGAAUGGUCACAAAAGACCCUUUAACAUUUGCUGAUUGGGUAGAAACAGCAUUUCUUCCAAUGCACACGGACAUUUGUAGAAUUCUUAAGAUUUCUUUACCUCUGCUUCUAUCGCCUUUAGCUGGUGGACCCGGAACUCCUCAGUUGGCAGCCAACGUAAGCAACAGUGGCGGUCUUGGUUCGUUAGCAUGUGCAUACCACAACGGCGAUCAAAUCCGCUCUGCCAUAAGACAAACCAAACAACUGACAGGGAAGCCAUUUGCCGUCAAUAUCUUUGUUCAUAAUGAUCACUUGGAAAGACAGUUUAGCGUCGAAGAGUGGAAGGUAGCCAUAGAUCGCAUACGAAAGCGUUAUACUCCAGUCGCAGUAGAGCUUGAAGUUGAAACUGGGGAAAAGAUACGAGUUGAGAACGAUUCGGUCGAAUCCUUCUUGAAGAAUUUUAGACUUCCAAGCAUGGAAGAACAGCUUCACGUUAUCCUUGAAGAGAAGCCUCCUGUCUUUACCUUUACCUUUGGCUUGCUUUCGUCAGGUUGGGUGCAGAGGUUUCACUCCAAGAACAUACUCGUAGGUGGCACAUGUACCACAGUUGAGGAAGCCAAACAACUUGAGUCACUAGGUGUUGACUUUAUUUCCGUUCAGGGAGCCGAGGCUGGUGGACACCGAGGAAGUUUUCAUUUCGAUGCAAAUCAUUCGUCAACCAGAUAUUGUUCUUCUAUCCAACUGGAAACUUUGUUAUUGGACUGUUUAUCUGUAAUAAAACUACCUUUGAUAGCAGCGGGGGGUAUUUCAAAUGGAAGGCAAAUAAGAUCACUUUUAAGAAAAGGUGCGAGUGGCGUACAACUUGGCACAUUAUUCAUGACUUGCAAAGAAGCUGGAACAAGUGCGAUACAUCGUCAAAUACUUCAAACUGCCAAACCAUCGGACACCACGAUUACUUCUUGCUUUACUGGUAGAUCUGCAAGAGGUUAUCGUAAUCGUGUAGUUGACUAUAUGGAAUCUUUUGGUUCAGAGUUUUUACCGUUCCCCUACCAGAGUGGCAUUACUAGGGGCAUUGGAAAUCAUGCAGCGAAAUACCUUCCAGCUAUUCGAGCAGCAAAUUUUAUGCAGCUUUGGAUGGGUCAAAGUGUACCUGUCAAGCACAACUCGGGAGCUAAUGAACUGAUAGAGGUUUUAAGGAGAGAAUGGCUCGAUUCUGAUUAAAAGAGAGACUAUGUUUGGAUGUUGAUUUUCAAUGGAAUUCAAUUGCCGCUUUUUUGUUCUUGCACUCUAUGUAAAUGCUUACUCUGCAUCAAUAAAAAAUGAGAUGAUGCU